UAUCGGUCCGAUAUUAAGACUAAACAUUAUGAAGUUUCUUUAAUAUAACUAAAUAAAAUUAAUGAUACUAAAUUUGAUCGUUCAGAAAUUUUAAAGCAUUGUUUGACUAGAAGCUGAAGUGAUCAAAGGGGAAAAAAAUGAAUAAAGGUCCUAAAAAACGAGUUGCAGUGGUUGGAGCUGGAACAAGUGGUCUAAUGGCCAUUAAAAGUCUAAAGGAGGAUAAUUUUGAGCCCAUCUGUUUUGAAAAAACAUCAUAUUUUGGUGGCUUAUGGCAUUAUCAUGAUGAAGACGUUGAUGGUGUUCCAUCACUUAUGUGGAGCACAUCUUUAAACAACAGCAAAGAAGUAGGAGCAAUAAGUGAUUUUCCUCCAAGACCGGAAUUUCCAAAUUAUAUGAGGCAUUUCCAAGUUCUGGAAAUGUUUGCUGAAUAUGGUGAACGCUUUGAUCUGUUCAAGCACAUAAGAUAUAAUAAAGAAGUAAUAAAAGUGCUGAAAGACCAGAGCUAUCAGCGCACUGGUAGAUGGAGAGUAGUUGUAAAAGAUAUUUUGACAGAUGAAAUUGAGGAAGAAGUUUAUGAUGCUGUUUUAAUAUGCACGGGGCAUUUAUCUAUACCCAAUAUUGCAAAUUUCCCUCAGAUGAAAUCUUAUAAAGGUGAAAUUAUACAUACCCACAGCGUAAAAAAAUUUCAGAACUUUAACAAUAAAACUGUUUGUGUUGUGGGAACGGGAAGCUCUGCCUUAGAUGCUGCUGUUGAAAUAAGUCAUACUGCAAAUCAGGUCUAUCUUAGCAUCAGACAUCCAUGUUGGAUUUACGGUCGACAGGGACCUUACGGGUAUCCACUGGAUUGGACACUUUUUACUUGGGAUCACACAGCUCUUCAACAAUAUGUACCGAUCAAUUGGACGAACAAAGUUCUGAAAGAAAUAUUCAUUAACCCCCGGUUUUCGCACAGUUUGUACAAUAUAAACCCUACGGGUGGACCUGCAAACAGAGACCCUGCGGUGAACGAUACCAUAGCAAGUCGUAUGAUGAAUGGUUCAAUAAUUUUAAAGAAAAAUAUAAAUUAUUUCACUGAAAAUGGUGUAGUCUUUGUUGAAGAAGGUGCAAAAGAAACGAAAGUUGACGCUGUUGUACUUGGCACUGGUUACAACUGGGACUUUCCGUUUUUAGAUGACAAAGACUUGGUUGUUAACGGACAAAAAAUUCAUCUUUAUAAAUGUAUUUAUCCACCUCAUUUGACACAUCCUACUCUGGGAAUUGUUGGCUUUAUUGUACCAAUGGGUCCAGGGUUUCCAUGUGUUGAAAUGCAAUGCAGAUAUUUUUCUUACUUGUUAAGUGGUAAAGGGAAGUUGCCAAGCAAGCAGUUAAUGGAACAAGAUAUAGAAAAACAGUACAGAGAAAAUGUAAAAAGAUAUGGGGAAGGUAGCAGAGUAUCUGUUCAUGUUGAUUUUGCUCCGUAUUUAGAAGAUUUAUCCACUAAAAUUGGAGCGAAUCCUAGCAUGUUGAAAUUGUUGUUCACUGAUUUUCAGCUUUUUGUAGCUUGUGCAAUUGGACCUUACUUACCCUAUCGUUUUAGACUGACUGGUCCUCAUAGAUGGGAAGGGGCACGACAAGCAAUUUUGACAGCUGGGGAAAGAAUGAGAGCUCCUUUGCAAGGGGAGAAAGCAUUUCAAAAGGACAAUGCACAAAGAUCUUAUAAAGCAUACAUAUUAUUUUGCUUGGCAGUUAUAGCAUGGUAUAUAAGAAAAAAAGACUUUGUAAAUUAUGAAACUAUAACUAAACUGUACCAGCAUUGCUUAAUGUUGAGAUCUUUGGCAGUUAAUGUUUUAGAAAAUAGUAAACUUUGUAAAUAGUUGUACAUUUUAAGCUUGUUACAUUUUUAUUUUAUUUUUGCUGUAUUGCUUACACAACAUUUAUAUUAAGCGUAAUAAA